AUGGCUGCUGCACUAUACCAAACAUACACGGAGAUGCUCCCUCCGACACCAGAGCUCACAGAGAAGUCGCUGCCAGACCUCUCAGGCAAGGUCUAUAUUGUCACCGGCGGCGCUUCAGGCGUGGGAUUCGAGCUCUGCAAGAUCCUCUAUUUCAAAAACUCAACCGUCUAUAUCGCUGGCCGUAGCGCCACUAAUGGAGAGACCGCAAUCGAGGCAAUCAAGAAGGAGCACCCAACAUCAACGGGCACGCUUAAGUUUCUGCAAAUCGAUUUGUCGGAUCUGGCCACGGUGAAGCCUGCGGCGGAGGAGUUCAUGCGCCAGGAGAGCAGGCUGGAUGUGCUCUGGCAUAAUGCGGGGAUCAUGUUACCACCGGAUGGAACCGUCGAUAAACAUGGGCAUGAGAUACAGAUGGGAACAAAUGUGAUCGCUCCAUGGCUGUUCCAGUCGUUCCUUACACCGCUCAUGGUGAAGACGGCGGCGCUUCCAGAGACACCGAAGAACAGUGUCCGUGUGCUUUGGGUUGGCUCGCUCGCGAACAACAGCUCACCGUACCCUGGGGGCAUUAACUGGGAUGACAUCAACUUUGAGAAGCCACUACCGGGGCUCAAAUCCAUGAUAGUACCACUAGAAGGGAGGAUUCUCAAGUACGGCCAGAGCAAAGCCGCGAACAUCAUCAUGGCCGCGGAGCUGGCAAAGAGGUUGCAGGGAACGGGUGUUUUGUCUCUUUCCCUUAAUCCCGGAAACCUGAAGUCGAAGCUAGAUCGUACCUCACCAUGGAUAAUACAGGUCUUCCUUCAUACAGUUAUCUCGUAUCCGGCCUAUUACGGGGGUUUGACGGAAUUGUGGGCGGGGCUGUCGCCGAAAGUCACGGAGGAGAAUAAUGGCGCGUAUGUCAUCCCAUGGGGAAGGUUUGGGGCGCCGAGAGCGGAUAUCACAAAGGGAUUGGAAGAGAACGGAAAAAAGCUGUGGGAGUACUGUGAGGGCGAGUGCAAGGAUUACAUGUGA